CGCCGCCGUUCUUCCUCCACUCACUGCGCCCAUUGCUUUCUUCAACAUUGAGUGGGGAUCUCAGGCUAGUGGCAUUCACUUGAGCUGCGCGUGAUACAGCUAGUCUGCUAGCUUUCAUCAUGGCGCCCACGUUCAGGUCCUCGCGUUCGGGGAGGCAGCUUAUCGACAACAGUGCUGCGAGUCGGAGUCGGACAGUCGAUCAUGAUGUAUUCGAGGGUUUACCCGUCCGGCGCUGGACGCGCCAGCCUCACAUCUUCUCUCAGGCGGAGAAGAUGGAUGAGCCUGAUUCUGGUAUUGGAGGGGCUGCAGGUGGCCAACCUCUCCCUGAGCUUCCCAUGCCCAAGGACAGUCAUCUCUUGACACCCUCGAGUAGGGCUCUGCUUCGUGCUGCCCGUGCAGGCUGUAUCUACAUCCGCCAUGUGAACAAGGAUACGAAUGGGGAGCAAAAGGAGACUACGGAUAUCGACGAUACUCCCGCUGCUGUUCCCAGGACCGAGCGGAGUUUUACGGCCAAGAAGUGGACCGCUGUUCCUAGACAUAUGGAGCCUCCCGAAGUAGAAUUCCUCGCCAGGCGCAGACCUGGCUUGCCAUCACUAUAUGGUGCGUCUGCGCUCAAUGCAUUGGGAAGCACUGGAAUUACCCCUGCACCGCCGAUGAGAAAGACAAAGUUCAAGAAAGUCGACCCUGCCACUGGAAAUGUUUCGAUCUACGAAGCGUGGAUUCCGGAGGGUCAUACCCUCGAGGGAGAGAUCAAAGAGACUGGCGAAGUUGUACCGGAGCAACCCGACGCUACGGUUAUCAAGGAAACACCCGCUCCUGGAACAGUGGUCGAAGGUGUAGGCAUUGUCAACGCAGAGGGAGUGGUUGUCGCCAGCGCCGAAGCGGAUGCUGCCCCUAAGAGACGUCCCCCGCCUCCGAAACGCAAGGCGAAGGGCGUCGGGAAAGGCAGAAAGAAGAAGGUUAUGUUUGCUCCUGGAGAGGGCGGAGACGCAGGCGCGGUACACGCCGCUGGGGCCGACGGAGCAGCUGCAAAGCAGGAAGGGCUACGUAUGUCGAUCGAUGGUGCAGCUGGCGAACCCAUAGAGGGAUCAGAUGAGGAAGAGGAGGAAGGCGAAGAAGGGAAGGAGAGUGAUGAGGAUGCCGGUUCAGCACCAGCAACCAAAUCUCCAAGUGCCGCGCCCCAGGAAGCUGGCGCAACGCCUGCCACUGAGGCGAAUGUCCCUCCUACGUCGGAGUCUAAUACUGAAGCCCAGAAUCCGGCUUCAGCUACUGCAAAUGAAGAUAGUACUACUACCGAGCGACCCAUGCAGCAGGAGAAGCAGCCGAGCCCGCAAGUCCCAUCAGACACGAGGCCCGCCGACGUAGACAUGAAACUCAGCGAGCCUGACAGUGAGAAAGCUGCUACGCAACCACCGGUCGCAGAGCAACCUUCUACAGACGAGACUCCAGCUCCAGCUCCCCCAGUUGCGGAACCAGUUGCAGCGCUGCAACCCGUCGAGUCCGAACCAAUGGAGGGAGUCUCACAGGAGCAGCCUAUUUCGGCACCACAGGAGCCGCAGGAGACGAGACCAGAGCCACAGCCAGAAGAGAUGGCAGGUGUGGAACAUACGCAGGCGGGAAACACAACAGCGCCAGCCGAGCCUGAGAAGGCUGAGGAGGCCAAACCGGAGAGUACUACAGAAGAAGCUACGGCUCCUCAGGAAGCAGAGGCGCCCGCGCCCACUGAGUCCAGCGUGGCUGUUGAGACGAACACAGAGUCUACAGGACCUAAAGAACCUGCUCCAGAGCCUGCUCCUGCUCCCUCCAACAAUGCCGAGGUUGAUUUGCUAGGCACCCUCGAAGCCAGCUUAGGUGAUAAACCGAGUGAGCAACAAGAACAACCAGCACAGCCAGCUCCAUCUUCAUCAUCACCGAAACCGGCACCCUCAGAGCCUGCCCCAGAACCAUCAGCGCCUGAACCUACCCAGCCUGAGCCCGCUGAGACAGCACCAGCGGAAGCCCCCGUUGAACCUGCACCUGAUGCCGCCGAAGAAAAGAAAGAAACCAAAGAAGAGUAAAGCAUCCAAGCUCGUCGACCAUAGGACUUCCAUCCAAUCUUCCUACAAAAUCUUAUACCCACUAUAUUACCUCUUCCUAUCUUACCCCCAUCGACCCUUUCAGACGGCGUCUCUGGUACUUACUCUCUGGUUUGCGGUCUCUUCUCCAGUUCCUUUUAUGCGGGCGUUCAUCAAGCAUGUUUAUAGGGAAAUUGGCUCGGUCUAUUAUUAUAACUCUGUACUGUAGAAUAUUAUUUAACCUCGUUGUUUCAGGAAAAGACGGGUAAUUAUCAUACGUGAUAACUUUUUCUUGUUCUCGUUCUACCUGCUAUCCCACGUAAAGAAGGAAUAUAUAUAUACAUAUGGAUGAUAUUAUCAUCCCUAGAUGGAUUCUAUUUUGAAAAUAUCUGAACUGG